UCUCGGCCAUGUGGAGAGGCUGUAGCGCGCGCGGUGACUGUACGCGUGUUUAUUAGACACGAGUGCACGCGCUGCUGUGUUUAUUAUUAUUAUUAUUAUAUUUAUUUAUUUAUUUUAGCCUGGGUGUCGCGUGCGCUUUCUCCUGCAGUAACAAAGAGGAGCGAUGAAGAGUUUAUUUCUGAUGAACUUCCGGUUUCUGUUCUGAACUUUAAGACUUUUAGGUUUUACGGCAGAAGGUCAGCAUGUCUGAAGAUCCGGGUCCAAGCAAACAAACACAGUCUCAGACUCCGUCUCACUCUCAGUCUCACUCUCAGUCUCACUCUCAGUCUCACUCUCAGUCUCAGACUCAGUCUCAGACUCAGUCUCAGCCCAGCUCCAGCUCAUCGUCUGCUCCAGCUUCAUCCAGCCAGUCGUCCUCCUCUGGUUCGGGUACGUUGAGCUCGGUGGACACCGUCCCCAUCACCGAACUCUCGUCCAUACCUGAGGAACCUGAGGAGCCUGAACCCAAAUACUGGGGCAGAAUAGUUCCCUUAAUCAGGGGCUUUAAUGUGCUCAACUGUGUGGAGAAUCAGUACUUCUUCGGACGGGACAGUCGCAAUGAUUAUUGUUUUAAUGACCCGAUUGUUCUGAAAUCACUACGCUACAGAACCUACAGCAAGAAACACUUCAAGAUCUUCAGGGAUGAGAGUGUGGUGUAUCUGGAGGAUCUGAGUGGAAACGGUACGUGGGUCGAUGACACGGAGGUUGGAAAAGGGAAACGAUGUCCGUUAAGCAACAACUCUGUGGUGUCACUCGCAGACCCCAAACACAAAGUGUUUAUGUUUGUUGACAUGACGGAGGACGAUCAGCCAAACUUCCCUAAAGAAUUCAGAGAAAAGUAUCACGUCACACGCAAGAUUGGCUCUGGUGUGUGUGGAGAUGUUAAGUUGGCCAUAGAUCGUCAGACCACUAAAAAAGUGGCGCUGAAGACGAUCAAUAAGAACGAUUUCCCCUCCAUCGGUACAGUAACGCGUAACGCUGAACGCGAGAUCGAAAUUUUAAAGAAAAUUGAUCAUCCGUGUUUGAUUAGAACUGAAGAUUUUUACCAGACUCAGGACUCCUACUACAUCGUCCUGGAGUACGUUGAGGGUGGUGAACUCUUCAGCAGGAUUAAAGCUCAGAAGCGGUUAAAGGAGAGAAUUGCGAAGCUGUACUUCUUUCAGAUGCUGAAGGCUGUGCAGUAUCUCCAUGAGAAUGGCAUCAUCCACCGUGACCUCAAACCAGAGAACGUGCUUCUCGCCUCCCACGAUGACGAGUGUCUCAUCAAGAUUACAGACUUUAACCAGUCUAAGAUUCUGGAGGAGUCGAGUCUGAUGAAGACUCUCUGUGGAACGCCGACAUUUUUAGCUCCUGAAGUCUUCACUGCUGACGCUACAGGAGGAUACACACACGCCGUGGACUGCUGGAGCCUCGGAGUACUGCUGUUCAUCUGUCUGGGAGGUUACCCCCCGUUUAACACCGAGUCGAGCUCCAUGUCUGUGCGUGAUCAGAUCAUCAGUGGACACUACUGCUUCAUUCGCUCACAGUGGGAGUCUGUCUCCGCCCAAGCUAAAGAUCUGGUGAAGAAGCUGCUGGUUGUGGAUCCGAAUAAACGCCUGAGUAUUUUCGAGGCUCUGCAGCACCCGUGGCUUAAUGAUGAGGAGAUGAAGCGGAUGGCGUUGAGUCUGAUGUACCCAGGAGAGCCCAGUCAUUCCAGAACCCAAGCAGUUCUACCAGAACCGGAACCAUCACGACCCAUAGAACCACAGAGAAGAUCGAAGCGUAAAGCUGAGGAGGAAGGAGAAACAUCAGCAUCAAAAAGGCGCCCAUGACCCACAACACUUCCAUCCAGACUGUGUGUGUGUGUGUGUGUGUGUAAGCUUUGCGUACAAGCUGAAUGUGUGUGUACUUUUUCAAUAAACAGUUUUUAACAAU